AUGCUACACUUUGCGGAUCUGGGUGCAAUAUCACUCGCGAACGUGAAUACUGUGAUCGCGGGGUGCACUGUUUUCGCAUUGUAUUACCUAUUUCGGUUCUUCAACCCAAAGAAGUUGAAUUUCGAUGCGCCAACUAUAGGCGAUGCGAGUGAUCUUCGAUCUGCUCUGACCACUGGUUACAAGCAGUGUCCAGAUACGCCCUUUCUACUACCAACUGCUGCUCACCCGACGAUUAUCUUACCAAUUAAAUACAUCAAUGAAAUUAAAUCUCUACCUCCAAACAAAAUCUCGUUUCUCGAGGAAUUUAGAGACAGAUACUAUGGGCAUUACACAGCAUUUGCAAACAACGUAGAAGGAGAUGCAGUCACAGCUAGUGUUAAGGUUGACCUCACGCAGAGCAUUGCGCGGGCACUGGAAAAUAUGCAAGUUGAGACUGAGCUUGCUUUCGCAACGGAAAUGCCGAGAAAUGAGGACUGGACGACAGUCGCACUCUAUCCCAUUAUCUUACGCAUGGUGGCAAAAGUCAGCGGGCGGGUGAUGGUAGGCGAACCCCUGUGCAGGAAUGAAAAAUGGAUUCAAAUAUCAACCACAUAUACACGCGAUACCUUCAUGGGAGGACGAGCAAUGUGGACAAAAAAUCCAUUAUUUAGACCAAUAUAUGCUCUGUACUCCCCAGAAUUGAAAAAAGUCCGACAGCAUUACACAGAUGCGGCAGACUUUCUGCGCCCUAUUUUCAAUCAGCGAUUUAAGGAAAUGGAGCAGGACGGCUUCAAAAGACCUCAAGACAUGAUUCAAUGGAUGAUCGACAACUCGGGAGAUAAUGCUAAAGAUGCAACUUUCCAAGGUCGGUGCCAACUCUUGAUAGCAUUCGCAGCUCUGCAUACAACAUCAGGACUGCUAGGUAACGUGAUUCUCGAUCUUGCUGCGCGGCCUCACUAUAUCAAGGCUCUUCGGGAGGAGCUAGACGCCAAUCUUCCCGAAGGUGCACAAAUCACAAAGCAAAUACUCACCAAGCUACAAAAGAUGGAUUCCUUCUUGAAGGAAAGUCAAAGAGUGAAUCCACUAAAUCUCGUCACCAUGAAUAGGAAGAUGAUGGAUACAGUACAACUCUCUGACGGAACAAUCUUGCCGAAAGGAUCUUUUGUUGGUAUGGCUGCGGGUUCUAUCGCGUUUGAUGGUAGAAUUUUUGAGAAUCCAGAAGAGUUUGAUGGUUUUCGGUUCGAGAAGCUCAGACAGCAAGAAGGCGCCGAAAACAAAUACCAGUUGGUCACGACUGGGAAGGACAGUUUAGCCUUUGGACAUGGAACACAUGCAUGCCCUGGCCGUUUCUUCGCCAGCAAUGAGAUUAAGACAAUGCUAAUUGAAUUUCUCCGGAAGUACGAUUUUCAGUUGCUCCCCGGUGCAGAAAGGCCGAAGAAUCUGAAGAGUGAUAUGAGUCUGGUCGUUGACCCUACUGCAAAGAUACAGGUCAGACGGAGAGCAAUGUGA